CCCUCUCAUAAUAAACCUCCUCCACCAUUUUCAUAAAAAAAAAGCCAAUAGCUUCACCUGAAAACCACUUCUUUCAGAAACAGCUUUCUGUCUCCUCUUCUAUGAGUUUCUCUCUCUAUCGCUUUAUGUGAAGUCUUAUGAUCUUUACCACGUUUCUUAUAGCAACUAACACUUAUAAACUCCCUCAUAUCUCUUAAGCCUUUAUAAUAUAUAUCCUUAAAUCCAUCACCUUUGUUUGCUCUCCAACACCCACUCUAGGAAGUAGGAAUGCCAAAAAUAUUUCUUGAACUCCACAACUCGAGACUCUUAAAAGAGACUAUUAUUUUCCACCCUUUCUUUCUCUUUCUUUCAAUUAAUCAGGCCAUGAGUUCAUAAUCAUCGUCGUCUUCAUCAGCUUCUUCAUCGUAUCUCUCUUUCGAAUACGUUUUAUAGAAAGAAAAAAGAAAGAAGGUAAAGAGGGCUACAUGGCGUUUCACCCCAACCAUCUUUCUCAAGACCUUCCUCUUCAUCACUUCACCGUCCAACAACAACAAACGAACCAACUACCGGGAACCACAGCUCCCAAUUGGUUAAACAUAGCUCUCCUCCGUUCCCAGCAGGAGUCUCAACCAACGCAACCCCAUGCUCACUUCUCAGACCCUAACUUCCUUAACCUCCAUACUGCUACAACCGCUUCCGAGUCAACCUCGGCUUCCCAAGCUCCCAACCAGUGGCUCUCCCCUUCAUCCUCUUCGCGUCUUCAACGUAAUCACAGUGGCGUCGUCGACGACGUGGCAGCGGUGGCAGCAGGAGGAGGAGGAGUUGGUAUGGAAACCAUGGUCACCGUGGAAUCGGGAGAAUUGAAGAGCAGCAACAGCGAGUCAAUGAAUAACAACAACAAGAGCGAAGGUUUAGCAGUGGAAAGCGGAGGAGGAGGUGAUGGGGCUGUGAAUUGGCAGAAUGCAAGGUACAAGGCGGAGGUACUAGCCCACCCGUUAUACGAGCAACUAUUGUCUGCACACGUGGCGUGCCUGAGGAUCGCCACGCCUGUGGAUCAGCUACCGCGGAUCGACGCUCAGCUGGCUCAGUCACUGCAUGUGGUGGCUAAGUACUCGGCUCUGGGUGGUGGGGCCCAAGGCUUGGUUGGUGAUGACAAAGAGCUCGAUCAGUUCAUGACACAUUAUGUUCUGUUGCUAUGUUCAUUUAAAGAGCAACUGCAACAACAUGUUCGGGUCCAUGCAAUGGAAGCGGUUAUGGCUUGCUGGGAAAUUGAGCAAUCUUUACAGAGCUUAACAGGAGUUUCUCUAGGGGAAGGAACAGGUGCAACAAUGUCGGAUGAUGAUGAAGAGCAAAUAGACAGUGAUGCCAAUUUGUUAGAUGGAAGUAUGGAGGGUCCAGAUUCAUUGGGAUUUGGGCCUCUGGUUCCAACAGAGAGUGAAAGGUCUUUGAUGGAGCGUGUGAGGCAAGAACUCAAACAUGAACUCAAACAGGGUUACAAGGAGAAGAUUGUUGACAUAAGGGAGGAAAUUUUGCGCAAGAGAAGGGCAGGAAAACUUCCUGGUGACACCACUUCGGUUUUAAAAGCUUGGUGGCAGUCACAUUCCAAGUGGCCAUACCCCACUGAGGAAGAUAAGGCAAAGUUGGUACAGGAAACAGGUUUACAAUUAAAACAAAUAAACAAUUGGUUCAUAAAUCAGAGGAAGAGGAACUGGCAUAGCAAUCCAUCAACUUCAACUGUCUUGAAGAACAAACGGAAGAAGUAAAGGUAAAUAACGCAUGCCUUGUCGUCCUUGCAAAUAAGUAAUGCAGCAGAGGUUCAUGUAAAUGGUUAAACCACAACAUCGUUGAAUUUGCAACCAUAUAGGCUUUAAAGUGGAACAGAUUUUUGGUUUCAAUAUGAGAAAAAGGGCAACACAGAGUACGAGAUUGUAAUUUAAUCGUGCCAUCUUGAAGAUAUGGCGUAGUUCGAGGCACGCCAGUUUGGUGAUAUAUGCAGGCCUUGCUACACUGUUAGAAAGUUUAGAAAGUAAGUUACCGUUACUUUUUUAUAGGAUUAAUUCCAUUUUCAGAUUGGUACAUUAUUAUUAUUAUUAUUUUGUCUCUUCAUAUCUGUGAAUAAGGAUGGUAAGAUAUUGCCAGUCUACUGUGUAAUAAACUCACGGUCAUAUUAUGAUCAUUUUAGCUUUUUAGGCUUCUAAUACAUAGUAAAAUUUGCAAAUAAUAUUUGCCUAAA